AAUCUAAAAUCUGUAUAUGGUAUACAACUUAAAGUAUAUAUAUGCAAGCUCAGCUCUGGGGGAGACACACGGCAAGUACGUCCCUCCCAACCAGACCGCCUCCUUACCCCGCCGAGAAGACCACAAAGCUCAACAAUGGCCAUCACUGACAUCCUCUCUGCUAAAGAUAUCGAGUCUGCUCUCUCCAGCUGCCAGGCUGACGAUUCCUUCAACUACAAGUCCUUCUUCUCCAUGGUUGGUUUAUCCAGCAAAACUCCUGAUCAGAUAAAGAAAGUUUUUGGAAUCCUGGAUCAGGACAAGAGUGGUUUCAUUGAAGAAGAGGAGCUUCAACUGUUCCUGAAGAACUUCUCUUCGAGUGCCAGAGUCCUCACCUCUGCGGAGACCAAGGCUUUUCUGGCUGCAGGUGACACUGAUGGUGACGGCAAAAUUGGGGUGGAAGAAUUCCAAUCUCUGGUGAAGGCGUAGACAGCAUUAGACCAAAGGCAACCUUGGACUGACUCUUCCAAUUACCUCGUCCAACAAGCACUUCGCACCCAGCGUGUGUUUGUACAUUUUUAUAUUGCUUCAGGCGUUAACAAUUCUCCCUGCAUCGAGUCCACAGGCUGGAUUGCUGAGAAAUCUUGCAAUGUACAGCUGUUUUGGUCACACAACAUUGUUACAUUUCCAUUGUAAAGAAGGCACUUUGUGAUUUUCAACCACACAAAUGUUGAAAUUGUGGCUGGAA